AUGAAGAUCGUGUACCUGGCUGCGAUCCUUUGUACGCUGGCGGUGCUCGCAUUCUCUGAGCCUGCCAACGAGUCCACGAGGCCACGAUUGACUAUUCUAAAGUGUUGCCGAGACAAGGAGCAUCUCGUGAAGGAUUCCGACAACGAUGUGGACGCGGAAACGCGUUGCGAGCCCACUGGCAACGACUGGAAGCCUGUUAUCUACUCGCCGUCUCUAAGAACAAUUUUGGAGCAUCCACCGGCUGAAUGGAACAUCAUCCAAGGGAGGAAACCCGAUUGCGGAGAGAAUACGCAGUUGAGAUACGUACCGUACCGUACAGUCAACCCGUUCGUGCUUCUCGAUGACGGGAGCGCGAUCAUCGAGAUCGAUACCGAGGAUAAGUUCGAGCCUGGCGAGUACUGUGCCGAUUCGAACGCUCUUCUUGCCUGCGUGCAAAAACGAAUGGUCGAAAACCUGGCUGUUACCAUGAGGCCACGGGUCAGACGCUGUUGCGGCGAGGACGCGGCGUUUUCUGAGGAGAUACAUACGUGCAAGCACUUAAAGGAAGGAACGAAUUCGAUGCCAUUGCCGUUGCUGCCGAACACGUCUUCAGCGGUCGAGAUAGUGACCGGUUUCCCGAACUGUCCUCAUUCAGACAACAUUACGAUUUUGGGUGACGCGAAGGACGCAGAACUGUUGCCGGACGGCGGCCUGAAAAUCGACGGGGUCGCGUUACCUGCGGGCCAGUUCUGCGUCGAGAGAGUCAAGGAGCAGGACCAGGUGGCCAAGGUCUUCGCGUGCUCCGAGCACGCGCCGCAAAGACCGAUAAUGCAAGCGGCCGACAUCAGGUUCACCCUGUACCCCGUAGGGUUCAUCAUUAGCGCGGUGUUCCUGGCUGCAACGUUGGCCGCCGGAUGGUUGCUGCCAGCCUCUCAUCACGUUCUGCACUGGCGCUGCCAGACUCAUCAUGUCACCUGUCUGAUGCUCGGCGAUCUCCUCAUGGCCAUCAUUCAGCUCGCCGGCGAUUCCCUCCAUGGCGGAAGCUGCAAGGCGCUCGCAAUCAUGGCGCACUUCUUCUUUCUGGCUGCGUUCUUCUGGCUGAACACGAUGUGCUUCAACAUUUGGUGGACGUUCAGGGACCUGAGACCGGCGAGCUUGGAGAAAGGCCAAGAGACCCUUCGACUGCGAGUGUACGCCUGCUACGCGUGGGGUGGCCCUCUACUCGUGGCCGGGCUGGCCGCCCUUCUGGAUCAUCUUCCGUCCCAGCCGCAGUACACGUUCCUCAGGCCGCGUUUCGGCGAGAAACAGUGCUGGUUCUUCGGUGAUAUGGAGAUUUUGGCGUACUUCUUCGGACCGAUCGGCGUAUUGCUGGCGGUGAAUUUGCUGUUCUUCGCGGCGACAGCACGCGAGCUGACGUGCGGACUAUGGAAAGGCGAGUUCGUGAAGAGCACCACAGAACGAGCGGCACUGGGCCGGGUGUGCAUGAAGCUAGUGGUCGUGAUGGGCGUCACCUGGGUAGCUGAUGUGGUCUCCUGGGCAGUCGGUGGCCCCCAAUACAUCUGGUACUUCACGGACAUGAUAAACGCGUUCCAGGGCGUGCUGAUCUUCGCGGUGGUUGGUUGCCAGCCGCAGGUCCGCGCCGCAUUGAAGAGGCUCUGCAACAGGAAUCCGAGGACGAACGCCGGAAGACAGGGAAACGGGCUGAGCACGACCAGCCACGGGAUGCCGAGCAUGGGCGACAGCGUCACUCAGAAUCCCAGCACGAAGACCGCGCCGCUGGAGACCAUCUGCUAGGCGAUCCAUCGCUACUUCCGGCAUAGGAUCUCUCCGACCGUGCAUCGCUUCUCUUCGUAGAACAACACGUCAGUUUACCGAUAAGACUCAGAAUUCCGUGGACAGGGCAUGUAGCCAGUGAAAGAACCGUGGAACACCGUAGGCCAGAGUUCACGGAAAAAUAACACUGUAUACGAAGCUCGUAGCGCACGUGAGCUACGCUCACGGAGUGGUACCGAGAAACACGAUACUCCGUUCGUAGUUCGCGCAAUACGAUGAAAAAUCGUUCUAUCGGAAGGGGUUGUCGACCCCGAGACCGUGAACUUGAGCCGCUGAAGUUCCGAAUGACUUUGCGAGUCGACUGUCCGCGUAGACGUUCCCGGCUCCAUCCUCGCCGAGGAGUUCUCUUCUCUCGUUUGAGGGUCGUCGACCUUGGGAGAAGAAGAAACGAGGAGCCCGCGAAGAACCGACAGACGACCGCACGUGUCCCCGUGGACUAGACGAGCGGGGGAAACAGCAGCCUGUCACUUUGAAUAGUUCAUUGUCUCGGUAGGGAAACACAAUGAGAGCAGAGAAAACAACGCGAAGCGACAAAUAUUCAUAGAGAGACCCGUCCCGGUUCGAGUCCCUUCUCGAGGGAAAGACUCUCUUCUGUCCGGCUACUCGCGUCAGAUCACGCGCUUACGUCGCGUUCAUACCGCCCAGGUUCGUCCAUCUUUUCUAAGCCUUAAUACUCCUCUGACGCGAGCAACUCCGUUGCUCUAUCUGUCGUUUGGUUUGGCGUGGACAAAAAGAAAUUGAGACGAGAUGCAUGGCCGAUACCAGACUGGCUUUGAUAUUAAUAAAUGGCGGGACAAUGAGCGGGCAUCGUCAUCGAUAUUAAUACUCAUAAAUGAGAUGGCCAGUCGGGGAGUUCGUAAUGAAAGGAAGUUACGGAGUUAACAAUUUUAUGAUUUAACUCGUCACAGUUGUUCUGUGAUAAAAUCUAGUUACAAAUAAUACUAGCAAUAUGAUGAGCAAUAAGAACGGCAAUAUAAUAACUGCUCUUUUUUUUUUUUUUUAAUUAACUUUUGUUACAAGUUCCCCGAUUUUAUAUCAACGACUCGGUGCAAUAACGCCGUGGAUCGUUUAAUUUUCUAUUUGAAUUUUUAUAACAUGGAGACACAAAUCGGGACCAUGGGAAAUCUCCAAUAAAUGAGUAAUGAAAAUUAUGCGGUAAGAUAUUAUGAAAUCGGGACGGCCUUGACCCGUGCGGUAUCGGGAAGGGAACGAUGAAUUCCGAGGUUUCUUCUUCGGCUCGGGCCACUUCAUUAUUCAUCGAGCGUGCCUCGAGCCACGAGCGAUCGCUCUUCAAUUUCCUUUAGCAUAAAUUUGCAUCAGCACCGUGGCCGACUACGAUGCUGAUGACCAUUAACGUUGUACCAUCAGGAGAAGCCAAACUGGCGUAUGACCUCCUCGAUAUCAGCCACGCCAUUCUCUUCAGGCGUUAACUGAUUUUUAUCGACGAUGCCCUUUGUCCACGUGAAGAGACCAGACGACUCGCUUUCUUAUCAAACCAUAGAGUUUGAUAGGAUCCGUCACGUCCAAUUAAUGAUAUCGGCUAUGGACUGUGAGAAGGGGCUCGAAGGAAAAUAUCCGCACUGCCAAAAUCGAUUUCGAUGACAGAGAAGCAACAGAUUUCGUUCGCUAGUUGUAUGUAACACUUUUUAUAAGACUUUACAUGUUUCUAAUUACGUCAGUAGGUAACACCGAAAGCACAACGAAGCCUCGUUUUAUACGUAUUCGUUAGGAUUAACGAUCUUUUGAUACUUUUAAUACCGCAGAAAACGUAGUGAACUAAUAAGGUGGAAUCGAUUGAAGAAGAACGUUUCUCUUUUCUUUUUGUUUUGUUCAAAUGAGUCACGCUUACACGAAAUCAUGCGUAGGUAGGUCAGGGCAUAUAAUGGACGACAACUCGUGACAAUACACACUAGAAAUUCAAUGCCUUCUGAAAUGCCUUCCAAACGUGGUGUUCAACGUGCCGAAUUGUAUACAAUGGGGAAACCAAGCUGGAGACCAGGUGAAGUCUCGCGUGCGACCGCGUGCCGAGAUUACCAUUUCUCCGCGCGAUUCCCGGCGACAUUCCCCCGACAGAUUCAUUCAGCCACCUUGCAACGAAUUAAUAAUAAUGCGAAGGUUGAUUCGUCUCAAGCACUCCAGAACAAGUUUAGAGCGUUUAGUACUUCAGAACAGUUUUAAUACGACUGACACAGCUUUACAACAGCUCUUAUGAAAAGAAAAUAAAAAUGUAUACUUUCACAGACGAGUGCUUUUUUAAAUUUUUGAUGAAACAUAAAUGUAAUAUUAAAUUUUGAUUAGAACAAACGUCGUGGGGAAUUACGGAUGUAAUUGCGCGCCGUAUAAAAACCGUCUCACGUGUACGUAGUGUUAGUACCUCGCACUCGAGUUUUCUAUUCUUUAAACCACGUGUACCGCGUAGUUCCCGACGCGUGAACGGGGUGUAGAGUAAUCAUUGUCAUUGUUUCUUCAGGUGCAUCCAAGAGACUGAGCCGCGUACCCUUAGCUCAUGUUAACCGAAACUAUCUGAACUCCCCACGAAGAUACGUUCGUUUGUUUUACAAAUAGAAACUUGUUACGUGUCAACGUCAAAUUGGAAUUAUUCAAUAUUGAUUAAAACUCUCUUGUUUAAGCAAGAGUAGUUAUCGAUGAAUCCUCGUAAGAGAACAGAUAGUUUUGCAAGACUACGUUAGUUCCUUUUCAUCACGUAUGAAUGAGAGUGGAUGCGCAAGGUCGUCAAUUGAUCUUUUCCAAAUAAGCCACGUGAAACCUUUGACGACGUUCGCGUUAUCCACGUUGCGUGCAUGUCGUGCUUGCCCGCACGUAGAGAGUAAUAAUUAUUGCGUGAUAGUGUACGAGCGUAUGCGCACCGUGUAAUUAGUGUAUCAGCGAACAGUAAUAAAUCCCUUCGGUGUGAUCGCGGCCACGUAACAAUGCGUGACGAGUCGAUGACAAUUGCCGUUAUUUUACAUCUGCAAGUCCAUUCAAGGAUCGCUAAAUUAAUCGCGUCGUUACGCAUUGUCCGCAAUCGCGUUUCCUUGUAGAUAACUCAUCAUUAUGUUACAUGUAAUUAAAGCGUACCGGAGUUGAGCCGCGUUAAUCAAACGAUAACGCAGCUGCGAUCGCGGCUCGCAUUUGCAUAUAAGUUAUUUCGUAUGCGACCAGCUUUAAAAAAAACGUUUUUUUGAGAUAUCUUGUUUAUGCGUGACAAAGCUUGUCGCAGAACGAACAUCGGUGUACAUUAAACUCAACAUUCAUACUCGAUAGGUGAAGUAGUUAGGAUAAUCAGUGAGAUAAAAAGGGCGUAGCCUUAAACUAAUUUAUUCGAAGUAGAUAGUCGUUGUUGACGCAUUGAACAAUAAGAGAAACGUGAACGUAUAUUAUAUAUAUGUAGUAUAUACGUACGUACGUAAACAGUAGCUUGCCAGUAUAGAGAAGUACAUAUAUUAAGAGAAAAUUUGUGAAUCGUAAGUAAGUAGAUGAAAGAACGACUCUGGUGAUAGCGAGAGAAGAUCCUAAAUAGCGGUCGACCGUAAAAUUGAGGACCGCGUGCCUUCGCGUAAUUUACGUGCGCGUAUUCGCAGCGUGGAAAAGCCAACGAUGAAUUUAAACAUCGGAGACGCCUCCUAGCCGCGGUGGAACGCGCCUCGGUAUGCCGGGAUAAAUUGGAAAGUCGCCGACUUGAAAUUUUUAUGAAUCGCAGAGUCGUUCCUGGUAAAAUACUCGAUCCGAUUUCGCUGGAUCGUUCGCGAGGUAUAUAGUAGGUUUUGGCCAAAAUAGUUUAUGACUUUUGUUCGUAUACGUUUCGCCCGAUACGAGGGAGAGAAUGAAAGGAAUCAGUUUCGUUCGAAAUUGUUGGGAGGAGACACGGAGGCUAAUAUAAAGAGACAAUAGUAUUAACUCGUCAAGCGUAUUAGAGACGAGUUUAGAGACGAGCUCGUCUUGACUCGGUGUAACCAUGUAGAGGCAACAGUCGGAUUAUCAUGAUAGAGAAAUUUAUGAUUACAACGACCCUGUAUUAUGGCCGAUCGUACACCAUUCCUGUACAAUGUAUUGUAACAGUAUUUACUAUCGCACUAAUGGUAAUAAACGAUAACUGUUAGUA